UUCUUCAAGUUGGCAGUUCUUUAAUGGCGACCACGGGUGACGGGUCGUUUGUCUGGAAACUGUCACUAUUUAUUAUUUUAGAUAUUUAAGUGUAGGUUCUGUGUUUACGUAAACAUGACGGGGAUUUUGCCUACAUACCAGCGUUUUGUAAAUGGAGUUCCUGUGCCGUCCAUUUCUCGGCGUUCCUUCCGCCUACGAGAGAAAUAUUUGAUUGUUUCUGUACUUUUGACAUUCGGGAUCGUGUGGUUAGGGGCACUGUUCUACUUACCAGAGUUUAAAAGUUCCAAUAGUGUGAACGAUAGUGUUUACAAUGUUUACAAACGAAUUCAGAAAGCUGGUCCAGAGCUGCUCAUGCCGCCUCCUCUCGCUCAGAAUGAUGUUGGCGAGUUUCCCGUCGUGGGGAUGGUUCGUCAUGGUGAGGAGGGUGAUGAUCCUCACGUAGUUGAAGACAGGAACCGGUUGAGGGCUAAGAUUGAGGAGGAUAUGGGUAUGAAGGUGCUGGAGAGGCCGCAGUUUGACGUAGCACCUUCUGUGUCGUCUUCGCGAGGGCCGAGCAAGCCGCCAGUGGAUGCUAUCGAGGAGCCGGCGGCUGGUAACAAUGCGGCGAGUAAGGACGUGUCCCCGGCGGGCCCGAAGGCGGACAGCUCUGACAAGUUCGUGGCGGUGGCGCUGGCACCGGGAGCUGACCCUGAAAUCAAGCACAAACUGGAAACUGUCAAAAAGAUGAUGAUGCACGCGUGGAACAACUACAAGCUGUACGCCUGGGGCAAGAACGAGCUGAAGCCGAUGUCGAAGCGAGCUCACCUCUCCAGCGUGUUCGGAGCCGGCGAGCUCGGCGCUACCAUCGUAGACGGCCUCGACACCCUCUACCUCAUGGGACUCCACGACGAGUUCCGGGAGGGCCGCGACUGGGUCGCCGAACACUUGCAUAUUAAUGAAAUCGAUUCCGACCUGUCUGUGUUCGAGACGACGAUCCGGUUCGUCGGGGGCUUGCUGUCAUGCUACGCGCUUACCGGAGACACCAUGUUUAAGGACAAGGCGGUGGAAGUUGCUGACGCGUUGCUGCCAGCCUUUGAUACGCCUACUGGGCUGCCGUUUGCUCUCAUCAAUCCUUCCACUAAGGCUAGCCGUCAGUACCACUGGGCGGGACCGAACAGCAUACUUUCGGAGUUGGGUACUCUCCACCUAGAGUUCACGUACCUCAGUGACGUCACAGGCCGUGAUAUCUACAGACAGAAGGUGAAUCGUAUCCGCGAGGUACUGAACAACAUCGACAAGCCAGGGGACCUGUAUCCGAACUUCAUAAACCCUCGCACUGGACAAUGGGGACAGAGGCACAUGUCAUUGGGCGCUCUAGGCGACUCGUUCUACGAGUACCUCCUCAAGGCUUGGCUGGUCUCCGGCGGCGCCGACGAACAAGCCCGCAUCAUGUUCGACACAGCAAUGCAGGCCGCUCUCGACAAGAUGUUACGAGUGUCCCCGUCAGGGCUCGCGUACCUAGCUGAACUGAAAUACGGCAGGAUUAUAGAAGAGAAGAUGGACCAUCUUUCUUGUUUCGCUGGUGGUAUGUUCGCGCUGGCUUCGACUACGCUAGACAACUCUCUAUCGGAGCGUUACAUGGAUGUGGCACAUAAACUGACCAACACUUGCCACGAGAGCUAUGCGCGGUCCGACACCAAACUAGGCCCUGAAGCCUUCAGAUUCUCCGGUGCGGUAGAGGCCAGGGCACAGAAGAGCAACGAGAAGGUAUACCUGCUGCGUCCCGAGACGUUCGAGAGCUACUUCAUCAUGUGGAGACUCACCAAGCAGCAGCGCUACCGGGACUGGGGUUGGGAGGGAGUACAGGCGCUAGAGAAGCACUGUCGCGUGGAGGGCGGCUACACGGGGCUGGUCAACGUGUACCAUCAGAACCCGCAGGGCGACGACGUGCAGCAGAGUUUCUUCCUCGCUGAGACGCUUAAGUACCUAUACCUGCUGUUCUCCGACGAUUCGUUCCUACCACUGGACGAGUGGGUGUUCAACACGGAAGCCCAUCCGUUCCCCAUCAAGGGUAAGAACCCACUAUACCGUGAGGCACCAAAACCCGUACCUUUGGAACCAGCCAACGAUGAAAACAACAGGAUAUAAACACAACACACAACUUUGUUUUGAAAAUAUUUCAUUUUAUAUGACGUGUCAACAGAGUGCCUGGUGAGUUCUGCAAGUUAACUUUUUCGAUACGUAAAUUAUUAUUCAACUUAAUUACGAAGCAUACAUUUUAGAACUGUUUGUUUCAUAAAGCUGUCAUCGGCUUUUGGUCGUAUUAUAAACGUGCUCACAAACGAUAUUAUCCGUCAAAAUUAAUGAAGGUGUAAUAUUCUCAUCAUAUGAUGUAACACACGACUUUUAAUUUCAGCCGAUUUAUAAUUACGUAUCGAGAGCUUUAACUUACAAAACUCGGAAACAGCACUCUGCUAUACGGUACUUACGUGUCAUUGACCUUUACAAAAAAAAAAUUAGAAGAAUUUUUUAAAUUACAAAAAAGAAAUAUUUUUUUUUUAAUUCGAAUGGCAAUGAUGCGUUGAAAUAAGUACCGUAGUUAAUAACCAUCAAGUUUGCUUACGUUAAACGCGAUAUUGGCAUCGCGUUGGUAUUUCGGCUUUCUAGCCGGGAAUAUAAACAGUAGGAUUGUUGAGGUUCAAAGGAUAGCAUAAUAUGCUCGUUACAACUGCUACUGGAAUUAUAUCCUUAUGACCAAGUGAGGCAACUCAACAUUGUUUGUUAUUUUCUUCAUAAUUCUGUUAGAACUUAAUAUAAUUUUCUAUUAUUAUGACAGCUCAUUUCUUAAUAAUCGGUAAUAAGAAUUGUGAAUCUAAUUUGAUUUGAUUUUAUGUAUCAAUGUGUACUGUUUUUAUCAGGCAUGUACACAGCUAUGUAUCUAUUAACUAUCCCUUUUCAAUCUUAUCGUAAUAUAACCCUAAUAUCUAAAUUAUUUUAAACAACUACCUACACGCUCUUAUGAUAUCCUACGUAUAUUCUCAGAUUUUGGUACGUAGUAAUAAAAUAAUGUUAAGGCGUAGUUGAUUCAUUCGAAUAUUUAAAACGCGUAACAUUUGAAAGCGGCUAUUAAAAAUAAAAAUGGGAGCCAAUGUAUACUCCAUUUUAGUGGGCACUUAGAGUAAACAAUCUUGACAGAACUUUUUACAAAAACACACUUUCAACAUAUAAACUACUGCUUAAAAUAAUGUAUACAUAGAUUUUAUUGCCAUUUUUUUAAUUAUUUAAACAGAGUUUUCAAAUACAAGUCAUAUCAAUAUUGUUUAUCUUAAUUAAGUGCCUACAAAAGCGGAGUAUGAGUAGUUCUCAAAAAUUAGGACAAAAAAUUAACCUACUAAAGUUAUCCAUAUCGGUAUAAUUAGCAUUUAUAUAACUGAUUUGCGUGUAAGAGGUAACUCCCGAUUUGCCGCGUCCACUGCCUGUCUGUAGGUAAUGUUGCUCAAGUCAAUUAGUGAGUGAGAAGUGACACAUUCGUAGUGUAAAUAUAACCCUAUGGUGAUCAAUCCGCAGUGCAAAUGUCCAUGAUCUCAAUUGACAGUUAACGAGCAAUAAUAUUGCUUAUGCUGUAAACAAUACGGCUCAAAUUGCUUUGACCAAGAGAAAUAGCAAUGUUUCUUAUAUGAAAUUCCUUUAUAUAAUCUGUUGUCGCAUGUGUCCAAUCUCCCACUAUAAUUUGAUGGAAUAUGAAAUCUAAACAAUGGAGGUGAAUGUUAUUUAUUUAUUUAUUAGCUAUGAAUACUCAGUUUAUAGUAAAUACAUGUAUAGGUCAAAUGUUACACUCAUUAACCAAAAUUUUUAUUAUGUACUGAUAUAUUUUCCAAUACUAUGGGAAUUCGAUUGAGAUUAGAUAUUGAUAUCAAAUUAUGUAUUAUGAAUAAAGAUCUGAUUGUUUGAAAGGCUCAGGAAUGGUGACCAAUGUUAAGUUAUUUCGGGCAUUACUAAGUAAUAUGCACAAACGUACUCGGUUAUACAAUAUACUUAGCGGUCGCGGCUUCGAACACAUUCCACGUAUCUCGUCUAAGCUGAAAUGACGCGCCAUAUACAAGUUUUCUAAUAUAAACUUGUUAUUAGACAUUCA